AUCAGGCGAGCAAGAUUUUUGCCCAAGGAGUCCUUCUGGAGAGGCUGGAUGGUCAUUUUCUGAGUUAAUUAAGUUUGUCUAUAGGCUGUUUGUCAGAGGUCCAGGUUGAAUUGGCAAGUGUUCUCAGAUCACUUGGCUCCCAGCUUUGAGAGAGUUCGCAAACAUUGUGAUAAACAAAAUGUCAAUUAUGACGUGAUGUGGAUUUUGCUCGAGGAGGGGAAGGCCGUGGCACGGCUGGCUCUGAGAAUCUUUGGCUUUUUCAAAUGUCACACAAUAUCAAGUAACAGUCCAGAGUGAGCACACCUCAGACAGUUUCCGAUAAAGUGGUUGACAAACGACCCCCUUCAUAAACCAAUAGAUUCUCCAAUAACAAGAUUUAGAAUGAAUUAUGAUUCAGCCAUUAGAGACAAAUUGUAUCAAAUGUAUUUCCUGUCCUGGAGCUGGGUGGAAAUACAUCGAGUGAUCCAAUCAGAUUAAAAAAAAAAAAAAAAAAAAAAAAAAAAAAAAAAAACAUUGCUUGUCUGCAGAUAAUCUGGCAUCUGUAACCUGAAGAUUAUUCUCUCAUCAGGACCGGUGGAGAGAAUAACUUUCAAUCCAUCUGCUCCUUAAUCCAAACCGACUGUAGCCAAACUAUCCAGAGAUGGCCAGAAUUAGACCACUAGUGCCUUCAGAGUAAAAGCUUGUAAAUUGAACUGGAUGCAAAUGUUUAUUCUAAAGUUACCCGAGCUAUAAAUUAAUAAAAACAUUUGCCUUUCUGAAGCUUUUUUUCUUUUUAAAGAAAAUCUCAAAUGAAGUGUAUGUAGUGCAUGACUUAAUUUGAGAUUAUUUUGAAAAUGCAUACCGGAAGUCACUUAAAUUUCGCUGUGUUUACCUCUUGCACCUGCGCCCUUACUCCCACUAGAUUCAGCCGCCUUUGGAUGCGCACAGACUAGUGGGUGUGCUUAAUCUUGCUGAUGGUAUGCUUCCACUUUUAGGGGAAUAGAUUUUCUCUCGUGAACUGAAGUUGAAUCCGUGGGACUUCGUUUCUCUUGUUCUUCAGUUGAGCCGGGGAGGGGGAUCGAAUCGCGGGCGAAACUUGGGUUGCGCGCUGCCAUGGCACGCCAGUCGAGUCCGCGCUUGGAUAGAGGCGAUUUCUUCGUGGCAUGGUCUCAAUGUCCGCGGUGAGUUCGCCCGGAGCGCUAUGGAGGACAGAAAGAGACUUUUCUGCUGCGUUCUCCUCGCGGCGGAGCUCUGCCUGAGUUCGGCACAAGUCCUGAGAAUCGGUGGUAUUUUUGAGACGCGGGAGAGCGAGUUAGUGAGUAUGGACGAGCUGGCUUUCAAGUUCGCUGUGAAUAACAUCAACCGCAACAAGACCCUGAUUCCCAACAUCACCCUCACCUACGACAUUCAGAGGAUCAACCUCUUUGAUGGCUUCGAGGCUUCCAGGAGAGUGUGCGACCAGCUGGCUCUUGGGGUGGUCGCUGUGUUCGGCCCUUCUCACAGCUCCUCGGUUAGCGCCGUUCAGUCCAUCUGUAACGCCCUGGAAGUCCCUCACAUACAAACUCGCUGGAAGCACCCGUCGGUGGACAACAAAGACACCUUCUUCAUCAACCUGUACCCUGAGUACACCGCCAUCGCCAGGGCCAUCCUGGACGUGGUCACAUUCUUCAAAUGGAGGAAGCUGACCGUGGUCUACGAGGACAGCACAGGUCUCAUGCGAAUGCAGGAGUUGAUCAAAGCUCCGGCGAAGUUCAACUUGAAGAUCAAGAUCCGCCAGCUCACCCCGGGUUAUCAAGACGCCCGGCCGCUGCUCAAGGAACUGAAAAAAGACAAGGAGUUUUUUAUUAUCUUCGACUGCUCCUAUCGCAUGGCUGGAGAGCUCCUUAAGCAGCUUUCAUCAAUGGGAAUGAUGACAGAGUACUACCACUUUUUCUUCACGACUUUGGACCUGUUCGCUCUGGAUUUGGAGCCGUAUCGCUACAGCGGAGUCAACAUGACGGGCUUCAGGCUGCUGAACAUUGACGACCCGUGGGUAGCUUCUACGAUGGACAAGUGGGCCAUGGAAAGACUUCAGGGUCCCAAACAGGAGAGCGGCUUGAUGGAUGGAGUCAUGACUACAGACGCAGCCCUGCUGUACGACGCAGUGUUCAUGGUUGCCGUCGCGUCCCAGCGUGCCACACAGAUGACCGUCAGCUCCCUGCAGUGUCACCGCCACAAACCCUGGCGCUUCGGGCCGCGCUUCAUGAACAUUUUCAAAGAGGCACAGUGGGAUGGACUGACCGGACACAUUGUUCUUAAUAAGACAGAUGGCCUGAGGAGAGACUUUGAUUUGGACAUCAUCAGCCUCAAAGAGGACGGCACUGCCAGGGGCUUUGUGGACGGUGGAAGUCGCCUCACAAAAAGGUGGAUCAAGAUUGCUGUGUGGAACUCGUACCGGGGGAUGAACCUGACGGAGAAGUCCAACCGAGACAAGAAUAACAAUGUGACAGACUCUCUGGCUAACAGGACUCUUAUUGUCACCACGAUACUGGAAAACCCAUAUGUGAUGGUGAGAAAGUCGGACAAGGAGCUGAUCGGGAAUGAUCGCUUCGAGGGCUACUGUCUGGACCUUUUAAAGGAGCUCUCCAACAUCUUGGGUUUUACGUAUGAAGUCAGGCUUGUGGCUGAUGGGAAGUACGGAGCCCAGAAUGACAAGGGAGAGUGGAACGGGAUGGUCCGGGAGUUAAUCGACCACGUUGCAGAUCUCGCUGUGGCUCCCUUGACCAUCACCUAUGUCAGGGAGAAAGUCAUCGACUUCUCCAAGCCCUUCAUGACCUUGGGCAUCAGCAUUCUGUACCGGAAACCUAACGGCACCAAUCCGGGCGUGUUCUCCUUCCUUAAUCCCCUGUCUCCGGACAUCUGGAUGUACGUGCUGCUAGCCUGCACUGGAGUCAGCUGUGUGCUGUUUGUGAUUGCCAGGUUUACUCCGUACGAGUGGUACAACCCGCAUCCAUGCAACCCGUCCUCCAGUCUCAUACAGAACAAUUUCACUUUACUCAACAGUUUCUGGUUUGGCGUUGGAGCUCUCAUGCGUCAAGGCUCUGAGCUGAUGCCCAAGGCUCUGUCCACUCGUAUAGUUGGGGGCAUCUGGUGGUUCUUUACCUUGAUCAUCAUCUCCUCCUACACGGCCAACUUGGCUGCCUUCCUCACUGUGGAACGGAUGGACGCCCCCAUCGAUUCGGCCGACGACCUCGCCAAACAGACCAGGAUUGAAUAUGGGGCAGUGAGGGAUGGAUCCACUAUGACCUUCUUCAAGAAAUCAAAGAUCUCCACCUAUGAGAAGAUGUGGGCCUUCAUGAGCAGCAGGAAGAACACCGCAUUAGUUAAGAACAACAAGGAGGGCAUCACUCGGGUCUUGACGACAGACUACGCCAUGCUGAUGGAGUCCACCAGCAUCGAAUACAUCAGCCAGAGAAACUGCAACCUCACACAGAUCGGAGGUCUCAUAGACUCAAAGGGCUACGGAGUAGGAACACCUAUAGGUUCUCCAUACAGGGAUAAAGUCACCAUUGCCAUCCUCCAGCUGCAGGAGGAAGGGAAGCUACACAUGAUGAAGGAGAAGUGGUGGAGAGGAAACGGUUGUCCAGAGGAGGACAACAAGGAGGCCAACGCCUUGGGCGUGGAAAACAUUGGUGGUAUCUUCAUCGUCCUGGCCGCUGGUCUGGUUCUGUCUGUCUUCGUUGCUAUCGGGGAGUUCAUCUACAAGGCCCGCAGGAACGCUGACAUAGAGGAGUGCGUGUCUUUUGGCGCUGUGAUGGAGGAGCUGGGUAUCUCACUGCAGUGUUACAAAGGCAUCCGGAGGAGGUCGAGACCACACAGCGGCGCAAGGUCAACUUGCAUCUUCUGUCAACCCAAACGCUCCGCGAAGAGGGAGGGAGCGAGACGAGACUCCAGCACUUGAGUCUUGGAUCCGGAGUGAUGGAACUUAAAUCAGAGACUGAUUGCUUUCCACUUCUUAGAUUUGUUUGUGGGUCGCCAACCGGUGUGAAGUUGUUUCCUCAUCACCCUCGUCUUUAGACUCUCCGUGUAAGCAGUACACUGUAGAUGUAGUUUACGGCAUCAUAGCCUCGUAUCAACAUUAAUAAUGUUAAAACAGGUGAUGACUGCAAGAAAAAAUCUCUGUAUUAUAUCAACCAUUGCUGUUCCCUCGUGGCUGUAGUUCUGAGCAGUUAGCAGCGUUGAAUCUGCAGACUUUAUAGAUUCUCCCAUUGUGUAUGACAACUUCACACGUUUUCAGAAUAAAAAAAAAAGACUUUUGCAUUUUUUUAA